UCCCGAUUUCUUCUUCAUUUUUAUGCGCGAAAUCAUAGAGGAAUUGGAAUUGAUCGUUCAUAUAUUCAGCUGAUAAUUUUAUAUAAUCCGAAGGUUUCCAGAGCUGUCGCUGCAUUGAUAAAAGAAUGGAGGAUUUACUCGUCCCCAUACUUUCCAUGUUCCUUGUUCUGGUCUUAAUACCUUUGUACAUCUGGAAAACUCGGAAGAGUUCUCAAAUUCACGCAGAGAAUGAAGAAGAAGCUCAGGUUAGGCGGAGGGAAGCUGUAGUUAGGGCAACUGGCGCCCGUCGCAUGCGGAGAAGACCCGCUUCUUCAGCUGCCAGCACAUCUUCAGCAUCUGCUGCGCUAGAAGAGGGUGUUGAAGAAAGUGACGAUGAAGCUUCUGGAGAUGGAUAUUAUGCUGCCAAAGCUUCAAAGAAGAAGGAAAAGAAGCGUCAAGAGAGGGAAGCUCAAAGACAGGCUGAACAAUCUGCUCGUGAAUCAAGGCAGUCAAAAUCAAGCCGCUAUGAUGAAAUUAGGAGGAGAAAAGAUGAGGAGCGUGAAGCUAAAGAGCGUGCCUUAGAAGAAGAAGCCAAAGCUCGUCAGGCAAAAGAGGAGGAAGCUGCAGCCUUUGAGUUUGAAAAAUGGAAGAGUGCAUUUUCAGUUGUCGCUGAAGGUACAACUGAAGGUGAAGUUCAAUAUGAAAGCCAUGGCUUACUUUCUGAUUUUGUGGAGUACAUCAAGAAGCAUAAAUGUGUUCCACUGGAGGAUCUUGCUGCAGAAUUCAAGUUGAGAACCCAGGAGUGUAUUAACCGGAUCAACUCACUGGAAGAGAUGGGGAGGCUUUCGGGGGUGAUGGAUGAUAGAGGAAAGUACAUAUACAUCUCUCAGGAAGAAAUGAAAGCUGUUGCAGACUAUAUCAAGCGUGUGGGUAGGGUGAGCAUAUCACACCUUGCCAGCAAAUCUAACGAGUUCAUUGACUUGGAGCAUAAAUCCCAGCUGGCCGAGGUCAACACGGUUAGUGUUGGGGAGAUAGCUGUUGUUUGACUCUCUAUGAUUACAAAAUCUCCGUAUUGAUCGACCAGGUUUAUACUUUUUUCUAUCCAAACUGUUUUUUUUACUUUCUCAAAUGAUGAAAGCCAAUUAAAACCUUGCUGGCCAAAAACACAUGAAACCUUCUCAUGCCUAUCAAUCUAUCAUAGAACGAAAAAAAGAUCCUGUGACGUCCCUGUGAACUAUGCUGUUACUGUUUAACCUGGAAACAAAUUAGUGGAAUAUACCACGGGAUAUGCGUCCACAUGUGAUGUGCACAUGAUUUGGGCCGAGGGCGUAAUAGGAAAUUGCUCUACUCCAACCUCUGAGAUAUGCUUUUUAUCUUUGAAGUAUGCAAAAUAUUACUGAGUACAAAAACCCAUGGGUGAAAAUGAGGACUUCUCUUCCUGUAUUAUGUAGUUUUUGAAUGCAAUCAAUAAUGAUCUGAAUUUUUGAAUGUAUAUUGAUGGUACGUUUGCCUAUAACACAAUGGUGACAUGUGUUUAUGAUAGGUUUAAUCUUGUUCGGUAGCGCUUUUAAUUUCG